AUGCCUCGCGCUCCGAAAGCCAAAGCCACCGCCACCUCCAGCGCCGAAGAAGACACCAAACCAUACAAUCGUACCCCUUCUGCCCCUCCCGCAUCUCCAGGAAAGAAAGGCAAGACUUGGACAAAGGCCGACAAGAUCAAGCUGCUUCUCGAAGUCAUCGGGUGGCAAAAGCCGGAUUUCGAUAUGAUCAGCACCAAGUUUGAGGGUCGAACGAGAAGCCAGGUCUACGACCAAUGGCGACAACAGGUCCUUCCCGGAAUCAAAGCCACAGGUUCGGUCGAGGGACGGAAAGCGUCAGAGUAA